AUGGCACAUUUCUCCGCGGUGAAAUGGCUUGUGAUGCUAUUUUUCGUCUGGUCCGCAUCUGCACAACAAUGCGAUCAACCUGUGGAAACGGCACGCUUCAAUUGUCAUCCUGAACCAUUUGUAUCAUCAAAAAAAUGCCUGGCUCGUAACUGUUGCUGGAAACCGGUCUUCCCACCAAUGAUUCAGUCGCCCAAAAACUACUCGACUAAUUCUUUUGAAGUGAACGUGCCUUGGUGUUACUAUCCACGAGAUUUUCCAACAUAUCAAAUACAGACUAAUGAAUCAACUGAUUUUGGCCAACGGCUAACAAUUGUGAAACUACAGUCGACCUAUAUGCCGGACGAAAUUCUGAAUUUGACAGUUGACCUUCUCUACGAAACCGCACAACGAUUUCGCCUACGAAUUUAUGAUUCAAAGAAGAAACGUUUCGAAGUCCCACUUCAAGUGCCUGUCGUUAAAACAAAAGUUAAUGCCACUGAUUAUGAAGUUUCACUCAGUCAAGCACCAUUUGCCAUUCUUGUCAAACGGAAAUCAACCGGUGUGACAUUAUUCGAUUCCAGUGUAUCACCGCUCAUCUAUGCCGAUCAAUUCAUCAAAUUUUCAAGCCAUCUUUCCGGUCCAUUUCUUUAUGGUCUUGGUGAACAUCGGCAACCACUGUUGAUCAAUGUCACAAAUGAAUGGAGAAAACUAACAUUUUGGACUCGUGAUUUUCUUCCAGUUCAGCACGUUAAUGGGUACGGUGUUCAUCCAUUUCACAUCAAUGUGGAAAUGAAAAACAAUACGCUAACCAAUUUUCAUGGACAAUUUUUUCUCAAUUCGAAUGCGAUGGAUGUUGAUCUUCAACCAUUACCUGCCAUUACUUAUACGACAAUUGGAGGUAUCAUUGAUUUGUAUUUGUUUACUGGACCCACAACACAAGAUGUCAUUCAGCAAUAUUGGGAUGUGAUCGGGAAACCUACAAUGCCACCUUACUGGUCUCUUGGUUUUCAUCUGUGCCGCUGGGGAUAUAAUAAUAUCGACAAUUUGAGAGCCGUCAUUCAGCGAAUGCGUGAUGCCGAAUUUCCAUACGAUGUUCAAUGGACAGAUAUUGAUGCAAUGGCAUCUCAUCUUGAUUUUACCUAUGAUCAAACAAAUUUCAAUGGUCUUCCAGAUCUUGUUCGUUCGCUGCAGUCCGAGAGUAAACACUAUAUUAAUAUCAUCGAUCCGGGUAUCAGUUCAACACAACCGUCGGGUACCUAUCCAGCGUACGAUGAUGGUUUGAAAAGAGCGAUUUUCAUGACUAAAUUCAAUUCAACUGAACCAAUUACUGGAAAAGUUUGGCCAGGGCUGACAGUAUUCCCAGACUUUACCAAUGCGAACGCCGUUGAAUGGUGGACGAACAUUGCUGCUACAUUUCAUGAUACAGUUCCGUUCGACGGCAUUUGGAUUGAUAUGAAUGAACCAUCAAAUUUCGUUGAUGGUUCUCACGAUGGUUGUACGGAUAAUUCGUUAGAUAAACCUCCAUUUGUUCCAAAUGUAUUGGGCGAUUCCCUCAGUGCAAGAACACUAUGUCCAUCUGCACAACAUGCGCUUUCCUCCCAUUAUAAUUUGCACAAUAUGUACGGUUAUUUCGAAGCAAAAGCGACAAAUCUUGCACUGAAAACAAUUCGUCAGAAACGACCAUUUGUUUUGUCUCGUUCGUCAUUUUCCGGUUCCGGUCAAUAUACCGCUCAUUGGACGGGUGAUAAUCGCGCGACACACGAAGAUAUGUACUUUUCAAUUCCCGCCAUUCUCAGUUUCAACAUGUUCGGUAUGCCCAAUGUCGGUGCCGAUAUUUGUGGUUUCGAACUUGAUACAACUGAAGAAUUGUGUACACGAUGGAUGCAACUGGGUGCAUUCUAUCCUUUUAUGAGGAAUCACAAUUCUCAUGCUCAGAAGUUUCCCUCGGGUGUCAGAGUGAAAGUUGUCGGUGUAUUUACUGAUCUCGAUGCUCCUUUGGAAAAGAUUAAUGUCCACGUUCGAGGUGGCUUUAUCAUUCCGAUGCAAAUGCCUGGAGCCAAUCUGAUCAUUGGUCGUGGAAAUCCGUUUACAUUACUUGUCGCUCAAUCAGCAUUGGGAAAUGCGACUGGAAAUCUGUUUUGGGAUGACGGUGACUCCAUUGAUUCGAUCGAAACAAAAACCUACAACUACUUUGAAUUUUCACUCGUUCCGGUGAGUGGAACGAUUGAAAGAGAAACUGUAUGUUAGACGUUCACUAUUUAAUAGAAUACAUUGAACAUCAUGGCAGUCGUAGCAAAUUACAAAGAUUCACCGAUGCUUUUGGAAGUUGUUCGAAUCCUCAAUGUUAGCAAAGCGACGACGAGUGUGACUGUGAAUGGAAAGGAUCACAAGGACUUUUUCUACAAUACUUCCGAUCAAGUACGUUCUUUAAUCUAAGAGUUCCUUGUUGAGUACCUACAGCUAUUCAUUCUGCUUUCGAGAACCGAAAAGGUAUGUUCUGAAACUAUUUGUGUCUGUGAAAUCGAUUCAGAAACCGAAAGAGUAUCCGAAGAUACCCUUCUCCGUUUCUGAAAAAAGCUCGUAAACCUUUUAGAUACUCACACUACCCCAAACGCUUAGAUGUAUUCUAAAAAAUCAUAUUCAACUCCGAGAAAUUUUUCUCUGGAACUAUUGGUUUUCGAAAACAUUCGAAAAUUGUUCUCCGUUCUCGAGAAAACCUUAUUUCAUUUUUGCAUCUAUCAUACAAUUAGAAUUCUAAAUGCGUGUCGCAAUGUGGCUUUGAAAAUCUCAGAACUGUUCAAAAACAUGACGCUAUUUUGCGAAUUGUUGUUGUUUGUUACUUAUUCAUACGAAAAUAGAAGAUACAAAAUCAUUUCAUCGGGCGUUCUUCAUUGUUAACAGGAAAACUUUUCAAAUAUGUGUUUUAUUCGGCUUCUUGUAUCUUCCAUUUUCGUAUGAAUAAGUACAUCUUGUUUUGUUCCUGGAGAGAAAAAUGAAUAUAUCUUGCAAAAUACAAACAAAAGAAGUAAAAAAGGAAAAUAGACGAUUAACAAUAACAAAAACUUAUAAGUAGUCAUACUACAUUUUGAAAUCUGCUGUAGGCAGCAAGUUAUGUUAUAUGUAACAAAACUUAACUAUUUUUGUCUUGAUUUUUUUAUAUAUUUUGUUGUAUUUAUUAUCACGCUUGAAAGGGCAGGAAAUCGUUUAAGUGUUUCAUAUAGUGACAAACCCGGAAACUCUUUUUAAGUUUCCCAGAAUACGACUUUUCUUAAAGAGUAUAAGAAAAUAUGAAGGAAAAAGACUCUGCAGAAGAUCUAAGACACUAUCAUUCAUCCAACUAUUCUUGAAAUCAUUUCGAACAUUAAGAUUGGAAUCACAUCGAGCAAAUAACUCUGCUCAUUUUGAUUUCAUUUUUUUGAGCGGACUUCAUCUUUAGAAUCAGUUUUCUGAGCCCUAUAUGCGAUCGAAAAUGACUCAAUUAUACCAGCUAGAGUCUUGUUCACGAAACACACUUCUCAAAAAAAAUUUGAUGUCAUUUGAUAAGCUACAGUUCUAAGCCUAAAGAAAUGAAAGAUUGACAGUUAGGUGCUAAUAUUUUAAAGAAUAAUGAGUCUAAUGCUGAUAAACUGGACAAGAUUUGCGUUUUUUGCUUUCAGAAGAGAAAACUAUCGCGACUUUUACCCGUUGAACGCUGAAUCCAAAGUCAGAUUUGAUAACAUCCUGCACAUGUGCGCUGCCUUUACGUUACGGGAGACGAGCUAUCAAAUGUUUGUCAGAUUCCGAUGUCGAAAUUGUGAAAUUGGAUCUCAGAUUUGGUAGAUUGUUGAGAAAAAUCCAACUGUAUGGAGCGCAAUUUCUGAUCAUUCCAUCGAGUUCAGUUUGAGUAGUUUCCGUUUCUUGAAUCGCUACUAAGUUAUUCAACGUCUAUUCUUGAGAAGCUUCGUGAAUUGACGAUUCUGAAGCAAAAUACUAGAUGACUAUGUGAUUAGCCCUCGUUUCACGCCACACUACCAAAAUAGAACUUCAAGAAUAGCGAAUCCACUAAUGAAUAAGGAUCAAUUAUUCGUCGAAUUUCGUUUCUAGAUUUUAGUCGUGUACGAUCUCGAUAUGGAUAUGCUUGCUCAGCCUAGUCAAACGAUUGAAUGGACAACAACAACGAUUGAUUAACAUAGACAAGCAAUUCUUCUUCUUUUUUUUCAGUGUUCGUUUUUCCUUGUAACAAUAGCCGGUGCUUGACAGCAAACAUCUGUCUUUCAAACUUGUUUGUUUUUAAUUUGUACGAAAUCUUUCAAAAAAUAGACCAGAAAAAAAUCCAUCCUGACUUCAUUUUUGACUCUUACAAGUGGUUGCUAACCGUUAACCAAAAUCUAUGAACUGUUCAACAGAAAUAUUUCUCUACAUUUCCCUGACUUUCCUGUGAUGGAACUAAAGUGAGCCUUAUUCUAACAUAACCCUAAGUUCCUAAGGUUCUAUGAUGAUGAGAUCGCCUUACAUUUAAAAAUCCGUAGUAGCCGUUGUGUGUUUUGUUUUAACGUGAACGUUUAAUGUUUUGUGUAAAGAUUAUCUUUUCUCAUAGCAUUCACACUGAGGAAAAGGGUAGAAGCGCAGAAUUCCUCAGAUGUAUCAUGUAAGGCAGACUGUUUUUUUCUGAGUGCUAAAGUGCAAGAAGAUUUAUCGUGCGUUACAAUUCAAACAGCAGUUCUUCUUAUCACAUGCGAACUACGAGUGCAUUGAUUCGUUAGGCGUAUUUUUUCUUUAUCGACAAAUCCACAAUCGAAUAGCGUGCACUUCCGCCCAUGUCGUCUAUUUUUGAAGAAAACCGACGGUGAACCGCGGUUUUAUCCGGUUAACUGUGCGCUUGACCGUCGGCUUUUACGCUAUGUUGCUAUGGUUUCAGCUGAAAUAACUGCGGUUCAGCGUCGGCUUUUAAAAUUGGGGGGGGGGGCGGGGGGGGGGGGGGGGGGGCGGGGGGGGGGGGGGGGGGGGGGGGGGGGGGGGGGGGGGGGGGGGGGGGGGGGGGGGGGGGGGGGGGGGGGG